CCCAAUCAUCCCUGCAUGCUCAGAAGAAAAAGCCCCCUUAUUCAGAUUACAGCGGCCAAGCAUACUGUUAUCCGCUCUUCGACUCAACGCGAUUUGAGGCGAAGCACAUCCCAGAUCCCGCUUGUGCCUGGGUUAGAUUUCAUGGGGCUAUCUCUACCUGCCUGGACUUGAGACCCUGAUCUCAGGUUCUGGCCAUGGGGAAAAAAAGUAUUUUUAAAGCAAGAAAUCCUCCAUUCUGUAUGGUGGAUGAAGUAGGUAAGCCUUACAAGCAGGCUGUUGAGGAUACAGCAUACAAGGGUGUUGUGAGAUUUAGAAAUUCCGUUUCUGAUUAGGAAUUCAGAGAGGGAGGCUUUGAUACUCAAAAAGCAGCGUGCAGAGACCCAUCGUAAAUGAGCUAACAGAAGUAGGUAAAAAAAAUCACAUGGUAUUAAGAAAACGGGAAAAAUCCAGCUACCGCAUGAACCCCUCGCACUGGAUCUCCGUGCAGUAAAAGCACGGACGGCCCGGGCUCCGAGACUGCGGUUCAAUGCGGUCCCUGUCCGCAUAUCCCCAUCGAUACUCGGGAAACUUGCUCAGCUGCACGCCAUCAUAAAAAACGUGGCUGCUCCACGUACUAUUCUCGGCUACAAUCUCAUGCAAAACGCGCCGAUCACCUAGGCUACACCAAGCACACGAACGUUUGAAACUCGCAUAUUUUGUAUUUAAUUUUUUUUUUUUUUGAAGAAUCAUUCAACGCAGCGGUUAAAUGCUACUUUAUCAGUAAAUAAUAUUCCGCUGUAAUAAAGUGGCGAACGGGAGGCGAUCCCCAUCUCCGCUGCGGGAAACGCGGCGAAUGGUCCGUCUGAGCGACAGGUCCUCCAGCACAGAGACGGAAAAAAAUGAAUGGCGUGACGCAGAGGAAAUACCUCACAACACAGACCCGUAACAGAAGCCCGGAGCCCGGGCAAGGACUUCCAGACGAUCGUCGGUGCGCUUCUCUCUCUCCCUCCUUCACUCUCACCCUCCCUCUCGCCGAGGUCGUGAGUCUAAUGACUGUAUGGUGACUUGGGACUUGGGAUUUUCUCACAGCCUUAAACGGGUUUUCAGAUUGGACUUUCCUUGCAUUUAUUUUUUUUCUCCUCAUGUGGAUGGGAUAUAAGUGCAUGUCGACAGCUUGCCUGCUAGCUAAUGCGCUCUCUUCCGUUUUUCUCGCACACGGCAAAUGUCAGAGGAGUAAUUUAACCCAGAAAGGGAAGCAACUGUUUCGGGCAAAAAUACACAUUACAGAAUCUCGACCGGUGUGUCCAAGCGGGCACUAUACUUUCCAAAGGGCUUGACAAUAAGGAGGAUACAUUCCAAACGACUACUUUUCCAAGGAUUUUUCUGGUUGCUGGAAGGGGCGUAUCAUUAACCGACGUCGGGCAUUCCUUGCGGAUUUCGCUUUUACUGCGCUGGAUUAAAUUUGCUCCAUACAGUAAGUUAUUUAGCUGCUGAAAGUUACCGCGAUCUGGCGGGGACGCGUAUACGCGCACACCCCCCAUCCUCACCGCCCUCGGUAUUUCACCAUGUUUGCAUAUUUAUUACAUUUGCGGCGGAGAUACAUUUUAGCGCCUUACUUGUAUUUAAACAUCUGAAUGCGUAUUCUUGAGGAACAGGAAGAAUACCGCACACCUCCAAAUGUCUGAAGAAUUACAAAACCAAUACCUUACAAAGAAUAUCCUCCGGUGAUCCCAACAGCGGAUUAUAAAAAGUAAUUGAUCGAAAUUAAUAGGGGAAAUGAAUUCUCUGUGAUAAAUUAAAAAGGAAAAAUUGGUUUUGUCGGACCAGUUUGAAGCCGUGAUGGCAAACGACGUCCCAUACGACAGCCGAAAUAUUGUAGAGAUCUAUAUAUACCAUAAACUGCUGAAAACAGGCUAUGUGUGGGAAUUCCAGGCGGCCGGAGACACCGAUUCUCCCAAUAAUGGAUCGGUGGACUCCCCUCCCGGCUCUCAAGUUUUGGCACGCCGGUCCCAAGCAGCUGCCGCCGGCGGAGAGGACGCGUCGCCUGUCCGCAGCCGGACGCCCAGAUUUGAUCCACACGCCCGGCUGCACAGGGUCCUGCGCGAAGCGGGGGACGAGAUCGAGAGGAUGUUCCAGCGGGACUUCUCAGAAAUGCACGAAGAGCUGCACAUCACGCCCAGCACGGCGCAGCGCCGCUUCACGGCCGUCAUCGAGGAGCUGUUCAGCGAUGGCGUGAACUGGGGCCGUAUUGUGGCGUUUCUCGAGUUCGGCGGCACCAUGUGCGUGGAGAGUGUCAACCGAGAGAUGACGUCCCAGGUGGAUAACAUUGCACACUGGAUGACGGAGUACCUGAACGGACCACUGCAUAACUGGAUCCAGGAAAAUGGUGGCUGGGACGCGUUUGUGGAGAUUUACGGGCAACAGCGGGGUUCGGUGAUGGCCUGCUUCUGGCCGUACCUGAAGACAGUGUUUGGCCUGGCUGCUCUGGGGGCCGUCGGGGUCACAAUCAGCGCCUAUUUCACCAAGAAGUGAUGCGGGGGCUCCGCUUUGCCGCCUUGUCGAGGCCCCUGUUGGGCAAAGCCGUGUCCCCCAAUGCCCGGCAUCUUCAAAGCCUCCCUAGCAUCCGUGUUCUCCAUGGUCCCUCUGAGGCAUAUUCCUCAAAACACCUUCCCACUCGCGUCAAACACACACAUCCCUCCGUAAAGGAUUCACACAAAUGAAAUUAAAAGCAUAAAAAAACAACACUGACCCAUGAACGCAGAUGGAAUACAAACAUGAUAGCUGUUAUCCUCAUUUUCAUGUCUGUGUUUAGCCCUCAUGUAACAACAGCAUAUAUUAAACAGAUCCCUGCAGGGGUGUCAAGUUCAUAUUCAGGUUUGUGGGGUGGGGGGGUUGUUCCCUUUCUGUGCCCCCCCCACUCUUCUGAUGAUCUACGCCAUUCAUUUCUGAAACACGGAGCACUCCUUACAUUGUUCUUAACCACAGUUCUCCGACUGACGCUUGUCCCACAGGAUUCUGGGAAAACGCUUCUCUUGGCCGCCCUUAUUUAUUUAUCUAUUUCUCCCAGUCAUCUUAGAAGGCAGCAAAGCCGCGACCGUGCGAAUGCCUUUGGCGCGCCGUGAAGCAGAUUGAAACUGGAGUGAAUCCAUCCUGUUUAUCAUUCUACAUGGACCUCACUGUACAAAACAUAUGUAGCAUCAACUGUAAGACUCCAGUGUGCGAGCAGUGGCAGGGGCCCGCAUGAAGACUCCCUUCAUUCCCAUUUCAUUAUGAGCAGGGGGUUAUCUAUGUCCUGAAAAGGCCCCCCUUCCCCUGCUAGCAGUAUCGGGGAGAUCAUGCAGACAUUAAUAAACAGGUCACAUGUUCCCAGCUAGUAGGAGGACGACUGCCUUCCUGCUAAUAAGGACCAGAGCUUUUCUUAGACAUGGCUGUCAUCAUGGGGGGGCUGCUAGAGCAGGUGCUGCUACGAUGUAACCCCAGGGGUCAGUGAGGCGGGGGCCGGUUACCAUCUCACAGGUGUACUGCCCUGUCCUUUGUUCAUGGCCUGGGCCUUGUUCAGGGCCAAGCCCAUGCUGCUUUGACCUUUGACCUGCUCGGACCUCUCCCACUGGCACCCUGUUCACGCAGGACAUACUUGCCGCCUGCUGUCCCCCCAUCCCGUUCCUUCCGUCUAUGGCUUGUGUUUGUUGGCUCAUUUUUUUUGUAGUGGAACUUCUUUCAGAAACAGUAUUAUGGGAGGGGGCAACCCCACCUGCCCGAGCCCCCACACAAAACACCUCCCUCCGGAUUGAGCCAGAUGAGACUGGUGCCAGACCUACAGCGUGCAUCGAUUGCCCCCCUGGGGCAACGGUGCCAAAAAACCGGAUCGCCCAUGUUCAGAGAAGUACUUCAUCAAUGGCCUGGGGCUUCGUCCAGCUGUGUGGAUGGGGGUGUUUUCCAUCCCUUAGGGCACUGCCAGAACUUCCUAGUAUGUCCUCAGUACAGUCUGCAUGUCUUAUGGACACCAUCCAGCAUUUCACACACCCAGCCCAUCACUGCCAGAUUCAUAGCUUAUUUAUGACAUUGUUUUUCAUUCAUUUAUUUAAGGGGAUUUCUAGAGUUUCCACUAUAAAGUUUUCUUGUAUUUUUCAGGCCAAACAGAUAUCGGUUAGUCUUUGUAUAGCUCAGGGGUUCAGUAUGCAUCAGGAGCAACACACCCCCCACCCUGUGAUACAACACAUUGUUGGGACUAAGAAGGAACCAGGGGGUAUUUGAAAAGGUCACAAGAAGAGCCCUACUAUAUAUCCCUGAAUGAGGCACCUAGUCUCGAUUUCAUCGGUCAGUAUCUAGUUUUAGAUACAUGCUCAGCUUUAGAUAAAUGCACAAAUUUGAAAUGUUAAAUAUGUAUGCAAUUUGUAUAUAAUCAUCACAGUGUAAUGUUUAAAUAAGGUGACCAUGUAUCCUAUUUUCCCAGGACUUUUUUUAGGCGCCUAAAAAUAGAAUUAUCUGGGAUUUCACUUUGUGUGAUGUAUUAUGACAUUUGCUUCCUACAGUCAGAAUACUUUCUGUUAGCAUAAUUGCAUUGCUUUGAUGCCUCUCUUUGAUCCCCCCCCCACCGCUGCCGGUGUCCUCUUCUUUGCAAAGCAAAAUAUGGUCACUCUAGGUUAAAGCAUACAUGAUGUAGCUUUCCAGUCAUGGUGGUCACUCUGCUCUGAAAGUAAGGAUCAACUUCCAUGAUCUUUACGAUAUAAUGAACGACUGUAGGGUGUUCUGCUGUUUGGCGGUCCCCAUGCAACUGAGCAUGGACGCGAUUGGAAAAAGUGUUCACAGCUGAAGUUUUUGUUUAAUACGCUACAGCUACCGGACUUUUACAGCUAUCAUAUGUUUACAUCCAACAGCAACAUCAAAUGUAGUGCUCUGUUAAAAAAAAAUAAAAAGAACAGUCUAGUUUUUAUUAAGGAGUCAUCUACUUAGCUACUUACCGUACUAAUUUUAUGUUUUAAUCUAUUACAAGGUACCAAAAUGUUCAUUUACACAUCCAUAUCUACCAGCUACUGAAUAGAAGCACUCACAGCAAUACACUUGGGGGUCUGUUACUCAUGCCAACACCAAAUUUGCAUGUGUUUUUUUUAGCAAAAUCUGUAAUUAAAUUACAUUACAGCUACCAUUUUAGAAAAGCAUUGGGGGAGGGGAAAAUGCUACUUGGCUUUUUUGUUUCUUUUUUGCCCCCCACCCCCCACCCCGCUGGGGGCUGAGGUACUGUGCACAUUUGCUUUUGGGUCUUUUUUUUUUGAGUUGCGUAAUGUGUAACUUCCAGCUGCUAAUGGACGAUAAAUGAGUAACGAAAAGAUUUGCGCUUGGCGAUGUAACACGGAGGCCGACUGCGCACUAUUCCAAGCUGCUUACGAUGAGGUUUCAGCGAAUUCUGCCAGCCACAGGUGAUUCUCGCCAGACAACACAUGCACUCGAAUCUCGUUUGAUUAAUGAAAGGACAUCAAUGCUUAACCAAUUCCAGAAAGGAUCUUUUAACCAUUUGCGUAUUCAAUUGUAGUGAAGAGUGGACAAAAAGAACUGUACAGCCAUUUGAGGAAUCAGUGUCCAUCCUGAAGAACAUUGGCGGGAUCUCUGCAACUAGCUUGUGAUCUCUUCAAGGCAACUUGGCACCUUAUUGACAUAACCGACUAUUUUGAUAUUAUUCUCGAGCUUUCGUCCUUUUCGCUGAGAUCUUCUGGCUGUGAGGAGAUGCCGCUGCAUAGAAGGUGUUGAACUGGGACAGAGUGAAUGUCUGCGGAAUUGGGGGAAAUGGCAGGGGCUGACUUUGGAUGCCCUUCGCCAGCUGCAGGCACCAUGGUGAAGAUGAGCCAGCGCGUAAGGAAGAAUGGAGUUGAGAGUUUGAGGAGGGUGACAAGUGAGAUCCGGAACAGGAAACCAUGAAUGUGUCCCUUGUAGGUCAAGCAGGAUGAAGUUCUGCUUUUGAAGUAUAGGAGCAAUUCUGAUGUUUCUGCCUGGUUCCUCCUUUGUUUGCUCAAAACUAAGCUGUGUGAUCUUUUGUUGAGUGCAGUGAUAUUCCAUUGUGGGGUCUAUCUACCAAUGGGGUGGUUGGUUCAAGGGAAGGAAGGCAGUGGAGAUUUAAAUGUGCCAAGGAGAGGAUGUGCAGCCUGGUAAUGAUCCCACAGCUCUGCCCUGAUGAUACCAAAACCUCCUGAUUGGUCACUGUUUGGGUCCGAGAGGUGGUGGUCCUUCCCUUCAGCCAAGCUCAAGAUCCAGGCCUCUGAUUCAACUUGGAGUGUUCUGCCCUCUCCUGCUUACAUUAAUGCAUGUUCUACACGUUUCUAUGAUUCGGUUCUCUUCAUUUAGUAUUCAUGUAAAAAAAGAAAACCUUUGUCCCUUUUUUUUAAAAAGGAAACCAUCGCCCAGACUGACUUCUAGCUUGUGUCAGAUGGACCUUCUUGUAUACAAUGCCGAGCCUUUCUUUCUAUGGCCACUCUCAGUGCCUAACUGUACAUAUGUCUAUAAUCAUCCACUGCCUUUCCAUCAUGUUAUUUGCUUUGAGUCAAUGAAUGUUUCAACUGUAUGAUAACCACCUCCAUUUUAACAUCUCAAUGUUCACUUUCCGCGUGCUCUUUCAGAUGUCAAAAUGCUCGAGCAAGCAAUCCUGCACCGAAAUUGUUGCACAUUAUUCUAAUUACAAGGACAGCAAAUGAUCCACGGCUGCGCCGGGUGGGAGGUUAACGCCUUUCACCGUCAAGCGCGGCUUGGUCAAGUGGGGGCAGCUAAAACAGGCAAAUUAAGUUUCAAGCAGGCCAGUAGGAGAAGCCAUUUAUAAAAUACAGAAGAUGAUAUUUUACAUUAAUUGGCGUGUAAAGAGCAUUACAGGAAUCCCCAGAACAGCACAUUUGGGUUUUAUAAAUGGGGUUCCAUUAUAGCCAAGCUUGACGAGCAAGUGAUUAUUAUUAAAUAUAAUGAGAGCUGAUCUUUCAUCCCCAGCUUUCUGCUAUUUUACUGCCUGACAUUUCAUUAUAGAAUCUCUGAGUUUAUCUAAAACAUAAAUAUAGCAAAAACUCACUGUUUAGUCAGCGCAAGUUAAACAUUCUAUGCUUCUGAAUGCUGUUUGGUUGUUCUGUUGUCUUCUGAUUAUAGCACUUAUGAAAUGAAGUGCGUUAUCAUUGUUCAUUUUUUUAUGUACCAAUAAGCUACUUAUAUAUAAUGUGUUUUAAUUAAACUCACCUUUUAAUUCUUG